UCUAACUGCUAUUGCUAUUGCUAUCAUCCCUCUCAUUAUUAUUUUAGAUUUAGUUAAGUUUACACUUCAUUUGGAAAACAGAUGACUGUACUAAUUGUAGCAAAAAACUAAACAACCCACCUUAAACUGACUGCAGUUGAUUUCAUGUACUGUACUGGUUCAUUAAUUCACAUAACUUUAUGUUAACAGCUUUGUUCUGAUUUUCUUCUUUAGGUUCAAAUAGUUUUUUUCCAAGCAAGAUAUUUGUAAAGAAACGGCAAGAUGAAUAGCAAACUGGAGUAUUUUAUAAAGUCAAUAAGAAGGCUACAGGCAUGUCACAAUGCAGCGAGAUCUUUUCCUAGAAAAGAAAUCAAAACAACUGCGUCUGGGAUUAGUGGUUAUAAAAAUUCUGCACAAAAUGUUCAAUCUCCAUUGUACGUUCCUUCUUGCUGGCUCCAUUCUUCAAUUUCAACUAGUUCUCAAAAUUCUUUUGUUUAUGUUGGGAGCAGUGAUGCAAAUGAGCAGAAAGUAACUAAUGAUCUUGACCAGGAGCAGAAUUCCAAACCCAUUCAGUCGAACUCCUCAGAGGAACUUAGAAAUACCACUGAAGAAGAAAGGGAUGAAUUUGACAUUUCCCAGAAAUUUUUCAGUGACCUUAAAAAAUGUGCAUCUCCUUGUGAUGUACUAGACUUUGCGGCAACAAGCCAGGUCUCUCCAAAGUAUCUCAGUAAUUCUUUUUCAACCAUGUGGAUGCUUAAAAAGAAAACGCUUAAGAGUCAGAAAUAUGACGAGACAAAGGUGAUGAUUGAACACCCUCAGUUUCGACAGCUCUGUCAGCAUGUGAUGGACGAAGCAAAGCACAUGGAUGGCAAUGAUUUGGCACACACUCUACUUUCUGUGGUAAAGUUAGGAGUUCCACAAAAUACUUUGUUAGUUCAGACAUUACUGAGGACUUGCCAGGAACGUAUCAAUGAAUUUAAUACACGAUGUGUCUCGAUUAUUGCAAGCACUUUGAAAGUCAUGGAAAAAUGCAAGAAUGUGGAAGCUCUUCAACUUGGACUACAGUUACUUUUACAAGACCAAGUCCACAAAAUAUCAGAUGUGUUCGUAUUACAAACCAUAAUGCGCAGUAUCGGGAAGGAUGUACCACUGACACUUAAGAAAAAUUUGGAGAGCAAGAUGUUGAACCUGAUGAGUCACUUCACAGUUCCAAAUGCUUUUCAAAUGUUCAGGGUAUUGGGUGAAAUGGACUAUCUCUCUAUUCCGAUCCUGAAUGCUUGUAGUAAGACGAUAAUAGAAAACGUUGAAGGAACUCAAUUUUUCAACCUGCUGAAUGUUUUGAAAUUUGGCAAACAAUUAAGAUACCAAAAUAGGAUACUUUAUUCUACAUUAGCUGAUUAUGCCGCAUCAGUCUUCUAUACAUGGAACAGAAAUGAGGUCAUUCUGUUACUUUCAGCUUUUGAAAGGCUUGGUGUUCAUCCAGUUGAACUGAUGGAUAAAUUUCUUGAGGAAGUGAUGCUUCAUCCAGAAUCCUUGAACUUCAAAGAUGUUAUAAUUAUUCUGCAAGCCUACUCUAAUCUCAAUCACUUCUCCAGCGGCCAAAAUCAAGAAAAAAAGUGUCGGUAUGUUGCCUGCAAUAAAGGUUUGUCUAGAACUUGAUGGAGAUUCUUCCACAACAUCAACAAUUUUACCAGAGAAAUUGUCGUCAUCACUAGAGAGAAUACUUGGUUUUCGUUACCCUAAAAUACAGGAAGCCCUGCUUACACUUUUGGAAAAUGAAAAUUUGUUUCAAACAAAUGUACAGUUGACUCAAGGUUACUGCUUAG